UGCUUGAAGAGCAAGAUCGGACUGCAGGGUGGGACGGCUGUGCCUUGGCCUCCCCAGGUGGAGGGAGGACCAGGCCGAUGGCUGCUGCUGACGAUGUGGAGAUGGAGACUGUGAAUCUGAGUACGGAAAGAGCGGGAAAGGAAGAGCUGGAAGAGGAGAAGAUGAGGGAGGACAACGGUGAAGGUAAAGACUUCCCCAGGAGCAGAAAGGUCCACAGGAUUGUCUCAAAGUGGAUGCUUCCAGAGCCAGCCCGAAGAACUUACCUGGAGAGAGCCAACUGCCUCCCGCCGCCGCUCUUCAUCAUCUUCGUCAGCCUGGCUGAGCUGGCCGUGUUUGUUUACUAUGCUGUGUGGAAGCCUCAGAAGCAGUGGAUCACUCUGGACAAGGGGAUCUUGGAAAGUCCCUUAACUUACCUCCCUGAGAAGAGGGAAGAAGCCUGGAGGUUUAUCUCAUACAUGCUGGUCCACGCCGGAGUCCAGCACAUCGUGGGCAAUCUUUUCAUGCAGCUGGUUCUGGGCCUCCCCUUGGAAAUGGUCCACAAAGGCCUCCGAGUGGGGCUGGUGUACCUGGCAGGAGUCCUUGCAGGGUCCCUCGCCAGCUCCAUUUUUGACCCCCUUAAGUCUCUUGUGGGUGCUUCAGGAGGAGUCUAUGCACUGAUGGGAGGCUAUUUUAUGAAUGUUAUAGUGAAUUUUCGAGAAAUGAUUCCUGCCUUUGGGAUCUUCAGACUGCUUGUCAUCAUCCUGAUAAUUGCAUUGGAUAUGGGAUUUGCUCUCUACAGAAGGUUCUUUGUCCCUGCAAAUGGGUCUCCGGUGUCCUUUGCUGCGCACAUCGCAGGCGGAUUUGCUGGGAUGUCCAUAGGUUACACUGUCUUCAGCUGCUUUGACAAGACACUGCUCAAAGACCCCAGGUUCUGGAUGGCAAUUGCUGCCUAUGUCACUUGUCUCUUAUUUGCUGUGUUUUUUAACGUCUUCCUGUCCCCAGCAAACUGACUCACCUCUGAUGUAAGCUUCUUAAAAGUGCCACAUGGGGGGAAAUGGAAAACAUUGUGAAGAAACACAGACAUCCCAGCACAAAGAAGAUGCGACAGCACCCGAUUCAUCACCUCUGAGGGGAGCUUCCAAUAGGAAAGAGAGAAAGCUAGAAACCAAAGACUGAGUCUUUCAUGCAUAGAGUAUGCAUGUAUUAUCCUAUGACGGAGACUUAUAUCUCGUUUGAUAGACUCCACGAGAACUGUAUUAUCCUGAGAAU